GGACGAUUGCAAGCUUUUAUCAGGGGCAAGCUGAGACUCAAAAUAAAAUUAUAGAGAAUUCGACCACUCCCAGCGAUUUAUCCCCCUUUCCUAAUUUAUGGCUUCCAGUUCCAAUAUGGACAUAGAGGGCGCGACCCAGCACCUUCGGGACAUCUUAAAACUGGAUCGUACCGAGCCCUCUUUGGUUGAGAGCCAGAGAAAAACAUCUUUCAACGGAGAGUUGAAUGGAGUUCUUGGAGCUGAGCUGAUCGGAACAAGUAGACAUGCGGCUAUGGUGGAGCCGAAUACUCACAACUCAGAGAAGCUCAAUGAACAGGACACACAGACCAUUUGUCUCUCAGGAGAUGAUGGAUCCACCUGUGUGUCCAUCAGAGCAAAUAAUGUGGAAAUUGUGUCUAGUCGCGACUCUAGUAUUGACAGUAAAGCUCGGGGCAGCAACAAGGUAAAAAUUCAGCCAGUGGCCAAAUAUGAUUGGGAGCACAAGUACUACUAUGGCAAUUUAAUAGCUGUGUCCAACUCAUACCUAGCUUAUGCCAUCAGAGGUGCAAACAACCAUUCUAUGAUCCGUGUUCUCCGGCUGGGUUCGACAGAGCGCUCACUGCUGAAGGGCUUCACUGGUGCAGUUACAGACCUUGCCUUUGCCCACCUGGACUCCACCCUGUUGGGCUGCGUGGAUGAGGCUGGAAACAUGUUCAUUUGGCAGCUCACCAGCCACAGCAGCAAAAUACACGAUGAAGUGAUAGUUCACAUCCGGAGGCCUGAGGACACACCGCUGAACUCCAACCGCAGACUUAUCUGGUGUCCCUUCAUUCCAGAUGACAAUGAUGAGAACCCAGAGGAUCCGUGUCAGACACUGGCACUACUUCAUGAAGACAGAGCUGAGGUUUGGGAUCUUGACAUCCUCCGAUCCAAUAACAGCUCAUGGCCUGUGGAUGCCACUGACCUGAAAGAGGGCUUCAUCACCAUUAGAGGGCACACUGCACGCAUUAGUGAGGGAGCACUGUCCCCCGAUGGCACUGUCUUGGCUACAGCCAGCCAUGAUGGAUAUGUAAAGUUUUGGCAGAUCUACAUUGAGGGACAGGACCAACCCAGGGUUCGCACAAGGGCCUUGAAGUGCUUAAGAUGCCUGCAUGAAUGGCAGCCACAUAAUGGGCGUCCUCUUUCUUGCCUACUCUUUUGUGACAACCACAAAAAGCAAGACCCAGAAGUUCCAUUUUGGCGCUUCCUGAUAUCUGGAGCUGAUCAGAAUCAGGAGCUGAAGAUGUGGUGUACAGUAUCAUGGACCUGCCUUCAAACCAUCAGGUUUUCUCCAGAUCCAUUCAACAGUAGUGUGCUACCCAGUCUGAAGGCCAGUUUGGACCUAUCUGCAGAGUUUCUCAUCCUUAGUGAUGUUCAGAGGAAGGUGCUGUACGUAAUGGAGCUGCUACAGGAUCAUGAGAAAGGCUGUGCCAGCUUCACUGCAGUUUCAGAGUUUCUACUUACUCACCCAGUGCUCAGCUUUGGUGUACAGGAUGUCACCCGUGCACGACUGCGCCACACUGAAGUUCUUCCACCUGAUGAGGAAAGCGAGAGCAUGACUACAGAGGGGAGCCAGGGACCCUCAGAGUCCAAAUCAGGAAUUCAGAUUAAGCUCUACUGUGUGCAUACAAAAUCUCUACAGGAUGUGCAGAUCUGGUUCCAACCCAAUCAGGGGGCCUCAUCCCCCCUUUUUUUGCCUCAAUCUGGAUCUCAGGAUGGCUUUGGUUUCUCUGACUCCCUGGUAGAUCUGAAUGUGGAGGCAAUGAGCUCUGAUAAGGAAUCUGGUGAUAGUGGAUCACAGAAUGACCUGAGCAAGAUUCUGCCUCUCCCAGUUCCAGCUGACUUCAUGAGUCCAGCCCCAUCAGCCUUGCCCAAACUCAUGACCCCAGAUGCCUUCAUGACCCCUAGCACCUCUAUGCCUGCCUCUCCCGGCUGCAGUGCCAGCAGUCUGACUAUAGUAACAGCCAUGAGCAGCUCAGACAGUGGUGCAAGGGGUGGAGAUGAUCUGGCCCAGAGUCCUAAAAUGUCUGUGGACUGUGGCAGCAGCAGCUUGAAUCUCAAUGUAACAAGCAGUCCAAGAUCCAACUCCAUCCUCAUCACAGGCUUUGGGGAAAACAUCCAGGUUUCCCCUCCAAACCCCCCUCUCUCCCUGGAUCUCCAAGCCAUAGAUCCAAUGGUGGUCCCCCAGGCCUCCCCAACUAGAGCUCGCUCUCCGGAUGUCAUCUCCUCCGCCUCUACUGCCAUGUCCCAAGACAUCCCUGAAAUCGCCUCAGAGACCCUCCAGAGGGGGUUGGCCGGGGCUGCCACUAACUCACGUGACUCUGUCCCCACCCUGCACUCUGACAGCAUGGCAUCAGCUGCAUCAGUCCUCCACUUGCUGUCUCCGAGAGUCCGGAGCAGCACAGAGCACAGUUUGCUGCCUCUGGAGCGGGGUGCAGCAGCUUUGGAUGGGGAACAGAGACUCAAUAGCACACCCUCCCUGCUGGAGACUGCUUUGUCACAGGAGAAUGCUGUAGUGGCUGUCGGGUCCUUUUCUGACAGCAGCGUGAACCAUGCGUGGCCCGCAGCACCUGAUAUCACACGAGAGACUCGCAACAGCCUGAGAGACAAUGUCCUGGGAGACUGCUCUAGGGAGGAGAUAAAGGACAGACACAUUUCUUCCCCCUAUCACAGACGCACCUAUCACCUGAACCAGAAUGACAGUCAAGAUGCAAGUGCAGAGCAGAGUGAUCAUGAUGAUGAGGUUGCGAGUCUGGCCUCCUCCUCAGGGAACUGUGGCCCCCGGUCCUCUCAUAGACUCCCUGCGAAAGACUGGAAAACAUCACCCCGCAGCUCCCCUAAGCUCAAGAGGAAGAGCAAGAAGGAUGAGGGCGAGUCCUCACAGUCUAGACAGAUUGACAGCCAGAUGAGCACAGAGGUCCAGGACGAGCUGAUUCAGAUGUUGAGGAGCCAGCAGAGGGAGAUUGCUGAGCUGAGACGGAGCCAGCUGGAGCUGCUGCAGAGAGUCACCAGCCACAUGGACGCUGUGCAGAGCUCCCUUAUGGCUCACAUAGAGCACACAAUGCUGGCAAAGCAAGAACAAGAACGGAGAAGAAUGGAGCGAAUUCUGACAGAGGGACAUAGCCGGAACCAACAGCUCCAGGACCAGCUGUCCCAGCAGCUGGCCCAAACUUUGAGCAACAGUCUCUCCAACCGGCUGGACAAAGUUCUGCGUGAAGAAAUGAAGAAGACCGUCCCACAGACCAUAUCAAAGAUUUUAGAACCUGUGACUGGCCAGAUGAGCAACACCAUUGCUGCCAAGUUAACUGCUGUGGAAGCAACACUGAAGGAAAAUGUCACCAAAGUCGUUAAGUCCAAGAACACUACAGAUGCGAUUGGACGUGCUGCUGCCGAGGCAAUGCAGGGCCCAAUCCAGGCAGCCUACAAAGAGACCUUCCAGAGUAUUGUGCUGCCCGUGUUUGAACGAGGCUGCCAAUCCAUGUUUCAGCAGAUCAAUGACAGCUUCAAACAGGGAACCCACGAGUACAUACAACAGCUGGAGAUGCACAUCAAGAACAGUAAACAGCAGGACCAGGACGCACGGGAUCCGGUGAUUGGCCAGCUGCAACAGAUGAUUGACACGCUCCAGAGUUCCCAGGACCAGCUGGCCAACACUGUGAAAUCCAGCGUGUGCUCUGAUGUCCAGCAUCAGCUUCACAUGAUCGUGGGAAAUCUCCAGGACUCCAUCCUGACGCAGGUGCAACGUAUUGUCAAGGGUGAGGUGAGUCUGGCAAUGAAGGAGCAGCAGGCAGCUGUGACCUCCAGCAUCAUGCAGGCCAUGCGCUCAGCCGCAGGAACGCCUGUCCCCACCGCACACCUGGACUACCAGGCCCAGCAGGCCAGCAUUCUGCUGUUACUACAGCAAGGCCAGCUCAACGAAGCCUUCCAACAGGCCUUGUCUGCAGCAGACCUGAAUCUGGUCCUGUAUGUGUGUGAGACCAUUGACUCUCAGCAAGUGUUCAGCCAGCAGCCCUGUCCACUGCAUCAGGCCGUCCUGCUGUCCCUCAUCCAGCAGCUGUCCACCAACCUGAGUACACGCACAGAACUCAAGAUCAGCUAUCUGGAGGAUGCUGUGAUGAAUCUGGACCAUGGAGAUCCAGUCACCAGAGAUCACAUGUCAGCAGUGCUGUCCCAGGUACGACAGAAGCUCUUCCACUUCCUGCAGCAGGAUGCCCACAGUCCCCUGAGCAAGCGUGCAAGGCGCCUCAUGAUGAUGCUGCAGGGCCUGGUCAACCACUAGUGCUCUGCGCCGAUGUCACAGCUAACAUCUUUACCAUCCCUCUGUCAUUGUUUUGCAGUCUCUUGGGUGAUCAUAACCUUCACCUUGCUUUUUUGUUGCUUUAUCUAUACUCUACAUCUUAUUGGCUUUUUCCGCAGCACUACUGAGAGUUGUAGUCCAGACUUAGACUUUCAAUUUGAUGUAUAUGGACUACAUCUCUUCAUCCUGUCCACCCUUUUUUUCUGACUGACUAUUAAGUAUUUCAUCUCGUGUGGCAUUUUGAUUAAAUUUUUCUGAACAAGUGAAAGAUUGAUCCUCAGUUUGUAUGUGGCAUCAAUAUCAAUGCAGAAUGGGACAGAGUAUUUCAGUUUAAGAGGCUGUUAUUUUCAUGGUGCAUUCGAUACCAGGAGAAUACAAUAUCAUUUUUUGCUUUCAUCCUUGACCCAUCAGGAACAAGACUGGAGAAUGAAAACUAUAAUGUGAACACUCAGUUUCUGUUAAAUGAUAGUUCUGGCUGCUCUGUUUUUCCCCCUUUUUUUAGUUUAUCAUGCUGAAAUGCAGCCGAACGCCGCCGACAUGGAGACAUUAUCAUCACCUUAUUGCUAAAGGUUAUAUUAUGCCACUUAUCCUUAUCUCACCCAGCAAUUUACUGAAAGAAAUACGGUUAUUUGGCAAACUUGCUGCCUUUUAAUAUCGUAGAGUAUCAGACAUAUUCCCUAAAUGUUUACCUUUGAUUGCUCUCUUUUUGUUUUUUGUUUAUCAUGGCCAGAGAAGGUAAUGCUAUGAGGACACAAGACAAGGUCACAGCAAAAGUUUUUGUUAUGGUAAAAGUUUAAAUUAAGCUUCUGGACUAUUGCUAAAUCAGCACACUCAAUUGAUCAUACAUUUUUCUGUUAACAGUGUCCUGUAAGAUAUGUAAAAGUACUUAGUAUAUUACCAAGGAAUGCUAACAAAAUUUAGUUAUUUAGUUUCUUCAAAAGGAACCUCGAGUUACUUGGCUGUUUGUAACUUGCAGUACGUCCAUGAGUCUCUAGAGGGCAGGCAUUUAUGUAUUUUGUUUUUAUUUGUAUAUGCAGCUUCUGUGAAUUUCAGUUCUUAAGUGAACAUCUAUUCCCCAAAUAUUUGAACAUGUAGGAGAAAGAGUCUGAAACUAAUUGAAUGCCUAUUUUCUAGUCUCUUUUAAUCAGUUGAUUGUAUUUGAUUUCAGCUGAAAUUGACAGCACGUUAUUCAUUUGGAGGAUACUAUAUUGUCAUGCCCUCAGAUAGAGAAAGAACAAAUAAAGAAGGUGCCUUAUCAGACUAUUGUGUAUCAGAUACUGGUAAUCUGUCCUCAGACCUGGCUUGAUAGGCCACAUACAAUUGUUUGCUGAAUAGUUUGCAGCCUCUCUCUAAAGAAAUUAGAUUUUUCACUUAAGCAUGGGGACAAAGUUAGGGAUAGACAAGGUUGUUACUGAACCAUUUUGUUAAAAGUGCUGUAAAGCAACAGUGAUCCAAGUUUAUUUUCUUCAGCCAUUAUUCCUCACAAGUUUAUAAUGUGAGGAAGUGCUGCUCCUGUUUAUUGUGUUUGUGUUAACACAUUAUUUUUUCCCCUGUCGUCUUUAUUUUUUAGAGCUAUGUGCAUAUUAUAGCCAUUUGUACAGUCAGUGUGGCUCAGUAGGACACUUUUACAAAGUGUGGUCAAUAUGUCCUCUUGCUUCAUUCACAUAUGUUGCAAAUGCUCUGCUACUGACAUGAGCCUGCUCUGUAAUUAAAGGUAAUUCUGAAGUGAUAAGAAUAUAUUAAACUCCAGCAUGCUUGCAUGCUUCUGGUGAGAGCCAUUUAUUCAAAAUUAAAUUUAACCUGCUUUUACAAGUUCAAUUCCCCACUUUUGAUUUUUCCAUUGCGUUGCAUUUUUUUGUUCCUUGUGUUUGCUAAAUAUGUUGUAUAUUUUACAAAUUUCUUUCAUCUUAUAUGUUUUGGAAUAAUAAUAAUAAAAAAAACA